AGCUUGCAUCAUUCACCACCGCCACUCGACUUGCCACUGGUAUUUAUUUUUUUAUCAGGAGUAACUUACAGCACUUUUCAUUUAAUUGUUUUUGAUGGAAAAGGUGAGGCGUCCAGCUGCGUGAGAAAUGGGUGACGCACAGUCGGUGUUUGAAGAAGGCGAGCCAGGGCAAGAUGCUGCCGAGCGCCAAGUGGAGGAUGAUAAGAAGCUUCUCAAAAACAACUGUCAAAUUGAUGCCAAAUCAGCCACCCUGUUAGUGGAGGUCAAUGGCAUCCAAGAGGAUGACACCAAUGCCCAAGAUGACUGGCUUCCAGAAAAUCCUCCUAAAGAAGUGGAGACGAAAGUUGUAGGGAAUGAGAUGGAGCCAAUCAAAGAGGGCAAAAAAAAGGGCGUGUCUUCAGAAGUGACCGAAGUCGAGGCAAAACACAACGACAUCAAUGAGAGCUUCAAAACAUUCUUCAGUAAAGUUGGGUUGAAAUUUACACUCAAACGAGGCUCCAGAGACCACGGCGAGAACCAAGAAGGUGAUUCGACUGAGGUCCAAAAGCCUACUGAACAAAUUCAAGAUGAUACAACUCAAGCGGACACAACAUGUGAGAGUAAAAAUGAGGAUUCAACAUGGCCGACUGAGGGAGAAGCAACAGAUUCCCAGAACGAGGUCAAUAUCCCUGACGAAGAAUGGACGCACCUCGACACCCCGUCCGAACAAGAUCCUUCAUCUCCCUCUAGCCCCAAAGAACAUGUGACGAUGUCACCCAUGAAAAAGUUUUUCGCCUUGGGACUAUUUACCAGAUUAGGGAAAAAGAGGCUGUCUUUGGAAGAUGAGACCAUAACAAGAGAGCUUGUUAUGGAGGAAGUCGGAGACACUGAAAAAGAAAUGGCACAAGACCAAAACGAGGACAUAGAAAAUACCACAGUAGCACUAGCAGAUGUGUACAAGGAAGAAAAUCCACCAGCAGACAUGAUAAGCGAGCCUGGAGGCCCCAAUGAAAUUGAGGAUGUUCCGUCGAGUGCUCUCAAGAGACUUCUGUUGGGCUCUAGUCUGGUGAAGAUCAAAAGGCAAAAAGAAGCAAAGACAUCUGUGGGUGAACAAUGUCAACCGUCUAGUGACGACCCGGACCAGCUUUUGUCGCCCGCUGCAAUGGCAGAGAAUGAUAAGAAACAAAGUCCUACACAACCCGCAGAAACAACCGUGGUCCAGGAGGAGGAAAGUCCGUGGGCCACCUUUAAGAAACUGUUAUCUCCCAAAAAGCGAGUAAACAGGUCCGCCUUGAACAAUGAUGACAUGCAAAACCCAAUGCCCAAAGACGAACUGAAGUCAAGCGAAGGAGAUGACAUAUUAGAGUGCAGAAUGGAUGAGGGCAAAAAGCGGAAGGAUUCGGCUAUUUCCUGGGAUGCCAUUUUAUGUGCAAGAAGUCAGACAGCAACGGACUUUGAUGACGAAACACAAACCGACGAUGCAAAUGGUACAGAGGCAGUGGAAAAUUAUGACAAUUGUGACGUUUUAGCAUCUACUCCCAAGAAAGCCGCAAGUCCACCUGAAAGCGAUGUAGAGUCACUUUGCCAAGCCUUCAAAAGACUCAUGAGUCCAAAAAGGAAAGCCAAGCUUGUGGAAGAAAUGCAACGCAGUCCUGAAACUGAGAGCAUGCAAGAAAAUGUCUCCCUUUUAGGUAAAAUUUUCCCAGGCUGGAAUAAGAGAAAGUCAGUCCCAAACAAAGACCAAGAAGCAACUUCGUGUGAGGUGGACCAGGUCGGUGACCUAAAUUGUAUUAUGCCCUUGUAUGAUUAUGACAUUGUUGAGACCGAGCCAAAAGAGACCGUUGCAGGAAGGGAACCAUCCACAAAAACAGACAUUGACCUCAAACAAGACUUCCUCCCUGAGGUGAUGGAUGCAGCCCCACCUUCGGAAAAUCUGCAGACUGAAGAACCCCUACAAAUUGUUGAGGGAUUACAAAAUGAGGCCGCAAAUGAAGACCUGGCCCACCUUACAGAGUUCAUUGAAAAAGCCCUUAGUGAUAUUCCGGAAGAAGGUGAGCUUACAGAGAGCACCACAGCAGAAAAUGUGAUAGUGAUUACGUCGGAGGUCCGGAGCGCACCACAUCCUGUGGAGGUUAGCCUCGCCGACAAUAGCGCCAUGAUCUCUGCACUCUCCCAACAGGCAGAAAAAACAUCAGAUGCUACCAUACCGGUUCUCACUAAAGCCCAAGUCGAGGAAACAGAAGAGCUCAUGCAGCCAGGUGUUGAGAGCACCACCACUCUGCCUGAGGCAGAUCUGUUGUGCUCAGACACAAUAGUUGGUUCUGUCUUGUGUGACACACUUGGAGAGGAUUCGCAUCUACCCGGAUCCAAACAAUCAAAUGCACCCACCACCAUGAUAGAUCUGGUUCCAAAUGAAAUGGAAGCAGCAACGGAUGAAACAGAGUCAUCCAUAGCCGACAAAAUAAUUUCAACAGAGGCGCUUGACACCCAGGAAAUCACACCUACGGAGAAGCUGGACAUGAAGAAAAUCUCAACCCCCAUUCCUACAGAGGAGAUUGACACUGAAGAAAUCACACUUCACAUUUCAACGAAGGAGCUCGAAACAGUGGGAAUUACACAUGCCAUUCCUAACGAGGAGCCAGACAUUGAGAAAAUCACACCACAAAUUCUUGUAGAGAAGCUCGACAUCAAGGAAAUCAAAUCUCCCAUACGUUCCAAGGAGCUGGACACCCAAAGUACAACUACACCUUCUACAAAGGAGCUUCACACCAAGGAAAUCACAAGUCCCAUUCCUACACAGGUGGUUGACACCAAAGAAAGGGGACCUCAAAAUCUUACCAAGGAGCUUGGCACCACGGAGAUCACAAGUCCCAUUCCUACAGAGGAGCUUGACAUUGAGACCACAGAGAUCACAAGUCCCAUUCCUACAGAGAAGGUUGACACUGAGGAUAUGGGAUCUCAAAGUCUUACCAAGGAGCUCAGCACCACGGAGAUCACAAGCCCCAUUCCUACAAAGAAGGUUGACACUGAGGAAAUGGAACCUCAAAUUCUUACCAAGGAGCUCGGCACCAUUGAGAUCACAAGUCCCAUUCCUACAGAGAAGCUUGACACUGAGACCACAGAGAUCACAAGUCCCAUUCCUACAGAGAAGGUUGACAGUGAGGACGGUGGACCUCAAAUUCUUAUCAAGGAGCUCGACACUACAGAUAUCACAAGAGCCAUUCUUACAGAGAAGCUUGACACUGAGACCAUAGAGAUCACAAGUCCCAUUCCUACAGAGAAGGUUAACACUGAGGAAAUGGCACCUCAAAUUCUUACCAAGCUCGGCACCAUGGAGAUCACAAGACCCAUUCCUACAGAGGUGGUUGACACUGAGAAAACGGGACCUCAAGUUCUUCCCAAAGACUUCCACACCACAGAGGUCAAAACUCCCAUUCCUACAGAGAAGCUUGACACUGAGACCACAGUGAAGGUUGACACUGAGGAUAUGGAACCUCAAAUUCUUACAAAGGAGCUCGGCACCAUCGACAUCACAAAUACCAUUCUUACCCAGGUGGUUGACACCAAGGAAAGGGGACCUCAAAUUCUUACCAAGGGGCCCGACACCACAGAGAUCACAAGUCCCAUUUCUACAGAGAAGGUUGAUACUGAGGACAUGGGACCUCAAAUUCUUACCAAGGAGCUCGACACCACAGAGAGCACAAGUUCCAUUCCUACAGACGUGUUUGACACUGGGGAAAUGGGACCUCAAGUUCUUACCAAGGAGUCAGACACCACAGAGAUCACAAGUUCCAUUCCUACAGAGGAGGUUGACACUGAGGAAAUGGGACCUCAAGUUCUUACCAAGGAGCUCAACACCACAGAGAUCACAAGUCCCAUUCCUACAGAGUUGGUUGACACUGAGGAAAUGGAACCUCAAGUUCUUACCAAGGAGCUCAACACCACCAUCGGCACCAUCGACAUCACAAGUCCCAUUCUUACAGAGAAGCUUGACACUGAGACCACAGAGAUCACAAGUCCCAUUCCUACAGAGAAGGUUGACACUGAGGACAUGGGACCUCAAAGUCUUACCAAGGUGCUCGGCACCACGGAGAUCACAAGUCCCAUUCCUACAAAGAAGCUUGACACUGAGACCAUAGAGAUCACAAGUCCCAUUCCUACAGAGAAGGUUAACACUGAGGAAAUGGAACCUCAAAUUCUUACGAAGGAUCUCAACACCACAGAGAUCACAAGUCCCAUUCGUACAGAGGUGGUUGACACUGAGAAAAUGGGACCUCAAGUUCUUCCCAAAGACUUCCACACCACAGAGGUCAAAACUCCCAUUCCUACAGAGAAGCUUGACACUGAGACCACAGUGAAGGUGGACACUGAGGAUAUGGAACCUCAAAUUCUUACAAAGGAGCUCGGCACCAUCGACAUCACAAGUCCUAUUCUUACCCAGGUGGUUGACACCAAGGAAAGGGGACCUCAAAUUCUUACCAAGGGGCCCGACACCACAGAGAGCACAAGUUCCAUUCCUACAGAGAAGGUUGAUACUGAGGACAUGGGACCUCAAAUUCUUACCAAGGAGCUCGACACCACAGAGAGCACAAGUUCCAUUCCCACAGACGUGUUUGACACUGGGGAAAUGGGGCCUCAAGUUCUUACCAAGGAGCCAGACACCACAGAGAUCACAAGUUCCAUUCCUACAGAGGAGGUUGACACUGAGGAAAUGGGACCUCAAGUUCUUACCAAGGAGCUCAACACCACAGAGAUCACAAGUCCCAUUCCUACAGAGUUGGUUGACACUGAGGAAAUGGAACCUCAAGUUCUUACCAAGGAGCUCAACACCACCAUCGGCACCAUCGACAUCACAAGUCCCAUUCUUACAGAGAAGCUUGACACUGAGACCACAGAGAUCACAAGUCCCAUUCCUACAGAGAAGGUUGACACUGAGGACAUGGGACCUCAAAGUCUUACCAAGGUGCUCGGCACCACGGAGAUCACAAGUCCCAUUCCUACAAAGAAGGGUGACACUGAGGAAAUGGAACCUCAAAUUCUUACCAAGGAGCUCGGCACCAUGGCGAUCACAAGUCCCAUUCCUACAGAGAAGCUUGACACUGAGACCACAGAGCUCACAAGUCCCAUUCCUACAGAGAAGGUUGACGCUGAGGACAGUGGACCUCAAAUUCUUCCCAAGGAGCUCGACAAAACAGAUAUCACAAGAGCCAUUCCUACAGAGAAGCUUGACACUGAGACCACGGAGAUCACAAGACACAUUCCUACAGAGGUGGUUGACACUGAGGAAACGGAACCUCAAAUUCUUACCAAGGAGCUCGGCACCACGGAGAUCACAAGUCCCAUUCCUACAGAGGUGGUUGACACUGAGGAAACGGGACCUCAAAUUCUUACCAAGGAGCUCAGCACCACGGUGAUCACAAGUCCCAUUCCUACAGAGAAGCUUGACACUGAGGAAACGGGGCCUCAAAUUCUUACCAAGGAGCUCAGCACCACGGUGAUCACAAGUCCCAUUCCUACAGAGAAGCUUGACACUGAGACCACAGAGAUCACAAGUACCAUUCCUACAGAAGAGGUUGACACUCAGGAAAUGGCACCUCAAAUUCUUACCAAGGAGCAUGACACCAUAGAUAUCACAAGUCCCAUUCCGACAGACAAGCUUGACACUGAGGAGAUUAGACGUCAAAUUCUUAUCAAUGAGCUCCACACCACAGAGAUCACUUCUCCCAUUCCUACAGAGAAGCUUGAUACUCCGAGUCUGACUGAAGGUCUCAGCACCAAGGAAAGCAAGCCUUUCAUUCAGACUGAGGUGCUUUACACUAAGACAGAAACUACACCUCCUAUUCCUACCAAGGAGCUCCAAACUGUGGAAAUCACACCUCCAAUUCUUACAGAGGAGCUCGACUCCAAAGAAAUCAAAACCCCAAUUUUUAUAGAGGAGCUCGACAUUGAAGAGUUCACUCCUACUUGUACUGAGGAGCCUGGCACUGAGGAAAUCAUACAUUCCAUUCCUAACAAGGAACUUAACAUUGAAGAAAUCAAGCCUGUGAUUCCUACAGAAGGGCUUGACAUGGAAGAAAUUAUACCUCCAAUGACUACCUGGAAAAUCAGAACCCCAAUUCAAACUGAGGAGCUGAACACAGAGGAAAUCACACCUUCUGUUCUUGCAAAGGAGCUUGACACCCAGGAAAACACACCUCCAAUUCCCAAAGAGGAGUUUAACACCACAGAAAUCACAAUUCCCAUUCUUGCCAAGGAGCUAGAACCUCAGGAAACUUCACCUCCGAUUCCUACAGAGGAGCUUGACACCAAUGAAAUCAAAACCCAAUUUCCUAUCGAGGAGUUGGACAUUGAAGAAACCAAACCUGCCCGUACUGAAGAGCCUGACACUGAGGACAUGAAACCAUCCAUUGCAACCAAGAAACCCGACAUUGAGGAACUCAAGUCUCCCUUUCAUACAGAGGAGCUUGACACUCAGGAAAUUACACCUCCAAUUCCAACAGAGGACCUUGAUAUCAAGGAAAUCUCAACUCCCAAUCCUGACAAGGGUCUUGACACUAAGGAAAUCAGACUUCCUACUCCUACAAAGGCUUAUGAGAUAGAAGAUAUAACACCUGCACUACCUACAGAAACACUCAACACCAAAGAAAUAAAGCCAAACCAUUCAGAGGAUUUACACUCCAAGGAAAUCACAACUCCCAUUCCUAGCCAGGAGCUUGGCACUGAGGACAUUAGAGCUCCUCCUUCCACUGAGGAGCAUGGCACGGACGAUAUUACACCUCCCAUUCCAGCCAAGGGGUUCAAAAUUGAGGAAAUCCAGACUCCAUUUCUUACUGAAGUGCUUGGCACCAACAAAAUCAGUACUCCGACUCCUCAAAUUCUGAUCCAAGAACCUCCGACUAAGGAACUAACACUUCCUUCUCCUACCCAAGAGACUAACAUUGAGGAAAUUGUGCCUCCAAUUCAUACGGAAAAUUCAGCCACAGAGGCAAUUACAGCUUCCAUUCCUACCAGGAAGCUUGACUCCAGUGAAAUCACACAUCCUAUUCUAUCGCAGGAAGUCGACACCCAGGAAAAUUCCGCUCGCAUUUUUUAUGAACAGUUUGACGGAGAAGAAAUAAUACCUCCGAUUCCUACUGAUGAGUUUGACGCAGUGGAAAUCAAGCAUCCGAUUACAGCCCAGGAGUUGGAUACAGAAGUAAUUUUACCUCCAAAUUCAACCCAAAAGUUUGACUACAAGGAAACCCCACCUCACAUUUCUACCAAGGAGCUUGAGACAGAAGAAAUGGCAACAGAAAAAACAAAAACUGCUCAUUUCUCCAACUCAGAAAACAACUUCAGUAAAUUAGACAGUAUGGAUGAGAUCCAUGUAUUUUUGGAGGACUGCCUCUGUGAUAUAAGCAAAGGGGAGUCUUCAGAGCAGUUGAUGGAACACGAAGCUGUUGCUACAGAAGAUGACAUUGAAGCUCCACGAUCUGAAAAAACUGCUCAUACUGACCUUAAAGAAAGUGACACAAAGCAAAACACUUUGCAGAUGGUCAUAAUACAUCAGAAAGUCAAGGUAACAUCAGAAAAGUGUCCAGAAGCUUUUACAGAGGAACUUCAGUCAACAAAAGAGAUUUCAUCUGAACCCAUCUUGAAUUCUGGUGAGGUUUCAGGAGCACAAACAGAAACACUGGCUUUGCAGGAAUGUCGUCUUCAACUUGCUUUAGAUAAAGUGCUUUGUGAGAAGGUUGCCAGUGAAGUCAAGGAGACAACCAAGCUCCUAUCUGAAAUCAGUACAGAACCAUUCAACAAAGAUGUAGCAAAGGAGCCAGUAGAUACAUCCCAAGAUGAACUUAUUCGAGAAACAGAAGCUGUGCAAGCAACACCGCAACAAUCUGAGAAAGUAGAAGCAGAACUUGUAGAAAACCAGAAAGAGGAGAGUAUCCUGCUGCCUGAAGUUGAAGAAAAAGCAAUGGCUGCACCUGAAAUUGAAAUUAUCCAGGAACAAGUAUCAGUAGCAACACAGAAGAAACAGCUUGAACCUGAUCUAGUUGAAGUCCAACAUGCUGAAGUCAAAGAAGACAUUCAUGGAGAAGACCCUCUGAUGGAAGAAGUGAAAGACGAAAAUGUGCCUCUGCUGGAAGCCGACAUUAAGCCAGAAGAAAAUGACCAGAGGAGAGCGAGUGAUAUCCAAAUUGAACUCGUAAAAGAGGACAAAGACACCGUUGUACUAGACCUGUCAGUUAAAGCGGAAGGGAUCUCAGAAAGUAUACUUGCAGAAGAAGCCAUGACUGAUGAAGUCAAAUACAGUCCUUUGCCUGGAAGUGAAAAUGAACUAGAAAGCAAAGACCAGAAGGCCAAAGCUGAAUUUAGUUCUUUAAAGGAGGUAGUACAAGAAUCAUGUCUAAAAUCAUAUGAACACCAAGAAGUAGGUGAUCCACAGAAAACCAUGACAGAAGAAUGUGAACAGGAGAAGGCGUCUCAGCUUCAAACCAUUAUUGAGUCAGCAAAAGAUGAGGUGGACGUGGAUGCAAAUGAAAUUGAACCAGUAGAAGAAACAUUAGGACAAUCCAAACAAUCAAUCCAGACAGAAUCUGUCGAGGCAGAAGAAACCAUUUUUGCAGAAGAAAUGAUGACAGCAGAACUCAAAGAAGAGACGGUGUGUUCUACUGAGGUCCAACCACCAAGUGACCAGCAAGCAGCGGCUGUAGUCAAAACUGGACUAAAUCCAGACCAGGCUGUAGCACAAGAAGGAGAAGCAAUAACAGAUAUUGCUGAAGACAAAACAGGUGAAGUUAAAGAGGAGGCGAUAUCACUGAGUGAAACGAAUGUGGAGGCAAACCAGGAAGCAGACACCCGAAAGGAGAUGGAGUUACUCGAGAAACCUUCUCAGGCGCUAUCAGUAAAUGUAACGAAUGAGGUCCCAGAGGAGGCAAACCAGGAAGCAGACACCCAAAAAGAGGUGGUGCUACUCGAGAAACAUGCUCAGGUGAUAUCACUAAGUGAAACAAAUGUGGUCCCAGAGGAAGCAAACCAGGAAGCAGAGAAUGAAAUGGAGAACAUACAUUUUUUUGAAGCCUUAGUAUCAAAGGAAGCCAACAUGGAAUUACUUCAAUCUGAGGAAACAACAGAAGUCAUUCUGGUGGAGGAAAGUCUUCCAAGUGAACACAAAGAUCAAGUGGAGCCUCUGCCUGAAUUGCCAGGGAACAAAGACAUGAAGCAAAUAAGUGAUUUGACGGAGGGUACUCCGGCAAAGAAAACUGAAGACACCCAGAAUGAAUCAAUGAAAUCAGGUGCUGAAACAGAAGUGCUGCAAAGUGUAAGUGAUGAAGUUCAAGAGCCGCAAGAAGUAACUGCAGUUAAAACAGAAAUAAUAGAGGAGGUGCCUAUGUCUGGACUGGGAACCAACGAAGAAAGUCUCACUCAAACAUUUUCAAAGGAAACACUGGUAGAGGAAAUUUCAGAAACAGAGAAUGACAUUGCUUCAGAAGCAGAGGAAACCAAGCCUCAACGAGAUCAGGCUUUCAACAAGGAGGAGGAUUCGGAGAACACAGAUCUUCAUCGACAGCAAGAUGUUAUGGACAGGGAGGAAGAUGGCACGCCAGAAGUCUCAGAAGCACCUGUAUCCUUACACCAGAAGGAACAAAGUUGUGCACAGAUCCUUGAAAAGGUUAUUUACGAAGAAAUCCCUGAAGUUUGUGGAACUCUUGAAGACCAAGUCAAACUUCAAGCACAUCAAAGUGAUGUGGAAAACAAAACUGAAGGAGAAAACCAUGAUCUACCAGAGGUGACCACUGCUGAAGUUGCACACGCUCUGGUGACUCAAGUGACCAUGUGCCAUUUUAAAAAAGUUUCAACUUCACUACCUGAUCUGAUUACGACAUCAUCUGACAUGCAGGAACCGCUGCUGGAAUAUGUGCUACCAGAAUCCACAGAAAUGGUUGUGUCUGAAUUACCUACUAUAACGAAAAACAACUUGGCGCAGAGGGCACGGGUAGCCAACGAGGUUGUCAUGAUGCAAGCGACUGCAAUGGAGGUCAACCACAGCAUUCAAGUACAAGUCGUCCAAAUGGACAUCACAACGGCAGAGAAGAGCGUGGAUCAGAUUCUGGAGGUUGGGAUAGGAGAUAAAGGAGUAACUGAUGUGUGUAACAGAAAUAUUGAAGGGCUUGAGGAAGUCAUGCAAGAGAACUAUGCAGGGAUGUGUCAUGAGCUCGUUCCACAUGUAAUGGAGAACAAACUUGAGACCUUGGACCAAAUGGUUUUAAAAGAGGCAAAAGAAGUUGAAAUGGGAGAAGUUGAGGGAAAUAUGGAAUUAUCAGACGAAACACAAAGUUUAAAGGUCCUGGUCCCCAUUUGCGCCCUGGAAGCAGAGGAGCCCAUGGCACCGACUGAUAAAGCUGGUAAGGCACCGGUAGCAAAAGAAGAACACCUCAAAGAUAGUCAAAAAGACCCAGAGCCAGUCAAAGGUCAUCGAACCCUUGUAUUGCAAGAUUGCGUACAACAAAUGGAGCCAGCUGAAAAAGGAAAACACAAAACUGAGCAAGUUCAGUCACCAGAAUCUUUCCCCCAAACAGAUCUAGAUGAGUACCAAGACAUAAAGUCCAAUGAGGUUGAAGAACUACAAUCUGAAAUAGAUACAGAAGAACACUCAUCAUUACCAGAUCUUAAAAGAACAGAGCAAAGUGAGGUUAGUGUACAGACAAUCCUGGCUCUCGACUCAGUACUUUCCGUCGACAACCAUAAGCAGCUAGGGAUAACUGGGGAAAAUGUUCAGGUGCAAGAAAUAGAAAAGCCCUCAUGUCCAAAAGCGCCAUCUGAGAUCGAAGAGACGGCUCUAGCAGAUGAACAUAUUCAAUCCCCAAUAGAAUCCACUGAGACACAGAAACAGAUGGAACUAGUAGAAAAACAUGUCCAGACAAGUGAAAACCCAGAGCCCCUCCCCCCAAAAGAGUCCACUGAGACCCAGGAACAGAAGGAGCUACUCAAGAUACAUGAUCAGGGAAGAGAAAACCAAGUGUCAUCACCACAAAGAGAGCCCACGGAAACUCAAAAUGAGUUACUCGAGAAACAUGCUCAGGCAAGCCAAAACCAAGAGCCCAUAAUCCAAAAAGUGUCAACUGAGACCCAGAAAGAGAUGGAGGGAUCAGAAGAGCAGGAGCAGGUAGGAGGAACCCAAGUAGCAUCACCCCAAGAUGAGCCCACUGAGACCCAGAAACAGACAGAGCUACAAGAGAAACACGUUCAGGAAAGCAAAAGGCAUGGGUUGCUACCCCAAAAAGAGUUAAUCGAGACCCAGAAAGAGAUGGUGGUAUCAGAAGAGCAUGUUCAGGCAAACGAAAACCAAGAGUCCCUCCUCCCAAAAAUGUCUGAGACUCAGAAACAAAUGGAGCCACUUGAAAACCAAGUCCAGGCAGGUGAAAACCAAGAGCUCCAAGGGUCCACCGAGAGUCAGAAACAGAUAGAGCUACAAGGGAAAUAUCUACAUGCAAGUGAAACACCAGAGUCCAUACCCCAAACGGAGUCGACGGAGACCCAGAAACAUAUGGAGCUGUCAGAAGAAAACCAAGCGCCAUUACCCAAAGAAGAACCCAACGAGACCGAGAAAUCUAUGGAGCUUCAAGAGAAAUACCUUCAGGCAAGCAAAAACCAAGAGCCCCUCCCCCAAGAAGAACCCACCGAGACCCAGAAACAGACUGAGCUUCAAGAGAAAUACUUUCAGGCAACUGAAACACAAGACCCCCUACCCCAAAAUGAUUCCCCCGAGACUCAGGAACAGACCAAGCUCCAAGAGAAAUAUUUUCAGGCAAGUGGAACACAAGAGCCCAUAUCACAACGAGAGUCCACCGAGACCCAGAAACAGAUGAACCUACAACAGAAAGAUGUUCAGGCUAGCCAAAUCCAAGAGCUCAUAGCCCAAGAGGAGUCAACAGAAACCCAGAAACAUAAGGAGAUAUCAGAAGAGCAUGAGCAGGCAAUAGAUAACCAAGUGGCAUCACCCCAAGAAGAGCCUACUGAGAGCCAGACAGAGCAGGUUCAGGCAAGUGAAAACCAAAAGCCCUUGCCCCAAAAAGAGUUCAUGGAGACCCAGAAACAGACAGAGGAAACUGAGGAGUUUGUUCAGGCCACAGAAACGGAAAUGGUGUCAUUCCCAAAAGAGCCAGCCACCGACCAAAAUCAAGCAGUUCGAAUUGAAGAGACCUCUGAACCGGCGAGCGAAUUGAAAUCCACCGAGAUCACGGCGAAGGCGAACUCUUCCGUCCUUUCUGGCCUCCCCACAAGGGAGAUAGAAGACCCAGUCGAGGAAAAGCUACCAAUGAUAACAGUCAAAUUAAUUUUAGAAAUUCAACCAGUGGAGACAAUGGAACCACAAGAAGCAGUUGGAGCCACAGUGGAUGAAACACCCAACAUGUGGAAAACACAAACAUUCAAAUGUGCGUCAAAACCAGAAACCGAAGACGACGGGGAGGAGAUAUGGAUGGACGCAAAGGAAGAGAUUGAAAUUCAAGAGGCGCCUAAAGAUGAGAGUCCGCGACGGGACGGCAACUUUGAGGCCGAACGUGAGUGCGAAGGCGGCCAUUUUGACAUUGCGGUUGACAAUUCAAAAAUGGAAAGUGCGCCAGUCGCGGAGCGGGAUCGAGCGGGUCGCGCUGAAGAGCAGAAGGUCACCACUGCCGAGAAGGACGCACUGAACUGAUUUGCAGACUCAGCAUAUCGUACUUAUUAAUUGUUUGGUAUUUUAACAUGAACAGACUAACAAAUAGUCAUAGUGUCAAUUUAUUAAGACACGUGUCGCUCGUCAUAAUGUACAUAUUAGCUACGUAUUUUCCCCUCCAACAGCAAAAAGUGAGAAGAGCCUGGAUAUGCAUGACCCAAUAUUUUUGGAUGUUGCACUUAGAAAAAUGUGUUUAUUCUGAUUCCAAGUAGGAACACGCCUUGCACUGUCGACACACUUUCGUUGUUUGUUUGCAUCUGCGACAUAUCGACAAACUCACGCCGAUGCUGCUGUCAAAUAUUUUAACGAUUGAAUAAAAAAAGAAAAAAAAGUCCA